AUGUCACGCGUCGCCUCACACCACACACAUCCCUUUUCCCCGCCGCAUGCCUUUCCGCGUCUACGUCGCGCGCCUUCCUCCGCUGCCCCCACUGCGCGCCGAUCGCGCCUCUCGCUCCGCGCGCCGAUCGCGCCUCUCGCUCCGCGCGCCGAUCGCGCCUCUCGCUCCGCGCGCCAUGCGAUGGAAGCCUCUCGCGCCGCCGGUCCGCGCCAGCCGCCACCUCGGGAUUGCAUGUGCAGCGAGCGCGCGUCCGGCCACUCAGGGGCUGCCACGUGGGGGCAGCAGCUGCGGAGAUGGCUUGCUGACGUCAUAGUUACUCUGGCCUAUGAGCCGCCACAACGGUCCUUGGCCGCCCGCAUUUCCCGAUGCGUUUCCCCGAACAGCCCCGCGCAUCCCUCGACCGCACACACUGCGCCUUCUAGAUUGCCUCCUUCCGCUUCCCCCGGCGCUCCAGGGGGAAUUUCCGCCAGUGAUGAGGGUCGUGGGGGGACGCAAGCCGCGAACGGGGCGCUUCCGCGUCCGCGCGUGUGGCUUCCGCGCCCGCUGCGAGCGGUGGCGGUGGCGCUGCUGGCGGGGGGAGCCGCGGGGUACGGCGCAGUGAUGCGCGCGCGGUGGGAGAUGUACCAACGCGGAUGGUGGAAGCGAAGCAGGGUGGGGGUGGCGGUGAUAAGCCUAUUUAUAUACCACAUUCCUCACCCCCCCUUGCUCCAUUCCCUGCUCUUCCAUCCUCUCUAUUGCCUCCCUCCUCACAUCCCUCGCUCCUCCUCGCCUCUCCUCCCCCCUCAUUGCCCCUCAUUGCCCCCUUUCACCCACCUUCCCCCGACUUCCCUGCCACGUGGCUCCAAGGGCUAUGCAGGGGGUGACGAGGCGCGCAUGCUGCAGCGCCAGCUCAGCGGCCGGCCAAUUAUCAUUGCAGUGGGACGGAAGCACGCUGACGUGGCACGGCGAGUGAUUGGCCAGUUCGGGGCGUGGAGGGGAUGGGGAGGGGGAGCACUGGGCGGGGGAAGGCAUGAGGGGAAGAAAGAGGAGGGGAGGAAAGAGGAGGGGAGGGGCCAUGGGGGGUUGGAUGGGGGUGGUGCUGCUGUUGGGCCUGUUGCUGCGGUGAUCAUGGACGAUGGCAUGCAGGUGUGA